UCCAUGGCGCCGAGUUCUCCGAGCCCUCGUUGUUAUAAAACUCUCGGCCGCAUACGAUUCGACCACCUUAGAAAAAGGCUCGCCGAGUUCUUCAAGAAGCCCAGGAAACGCAGUAGGUAGAGAGAAGCUUGGAAAACGCCAUGGCUUCCUCCCACUGCUUUGCUCCUUUUGUGUUCCUACUGCUCCUUGUUGGGUGUUCUGGAAGGCCAUUCUAUCCACUUCCUAGUAAAGCAGGUGAUCCUACCAAUAGACAGCCUCUACAAACUUAUCGUCCAUACAACAUUGCUCAUCGAGGUUCAAAUGGAGAAAUUCCCGAAGAAACUGCUGCUGCAUACAUGAGAGCUAUUAAAGAGGGUGCAGACUUCAUUGAAACGGAUAUCCUAUCUUCUAAAGAUGGUGUGCUUAUAUGCUUUCAUGAUGUGACCCUUGAUGACACAACUGAUGUUGCCGAACACAAGGAAUUUGCAGAUCGUAAAAGAACCUAUGAAGUUCAAGGGGUCAACACUACUGGUUUUUUUACUGUUGAUUUUACAACAAAAGAACUGAAGAAAUUACGAGUGAAGCAGAGAUACCCAUUUCGGGAUCAGCAAUAUAAUGGAAAAUAUCCUAUUAUUACUUUUGAAGAGUUCAUUUCAAUCGCACUGGAUUCACCCAGAGUUGUUGGAAUAUAUCCGGAGAUUAAAAACCCAGUAUUGAUCAACCAACAUGUGAAGUGGGCAGAUGGUAAGAGGUUCGAGGACAGAUUUGUGGAGACACUUAAGAAGUACGGAUACAAGGGUUCAUACCUAUCAAAAGAUUGGUUGAAACAACCUGCAUUUAUCCAGUCAUUUGCUCCAACUUCACUUGUAUACGUAUCAAAUCUGACAGACUUGCCCAAGAUAUUCUUAAUUGACGAUGUUACUGUUCCAACCCAAGACACUAAUCAGUCCUAUUGGGAAAUUACUUCGGAUCCUUACCUUGACUACAUUAAAGAUUAUGUGGUGGGCAUUGGACCGUGGAAGGAUACUAUAGUUCCUGUAGUAAAUAAUUAUUUGCAAACACCUACCGAUUUGGUCUCCAGAGCCCACGCACAUGACCUACAGGUGCACCCCUACACGUACAGAAACGAGAACUCAUUCCUGCACUUGGACUUUCAUCAAGAUCCAUACGCGGAGUACAAUUACUGGAUUAACGAGAUAGGUGUCGAUGGACUUUUUACAGACUUCACAGGAAGCCUGCAUAACUUUCAAGAGUGGACCUCCUUCAAUGAAAGUGAUGACAAGAAUGCAUCAAGUUUACUGCACCAAAUAGCGUCAAUGGUCUCUCCCUAUAAGAAGGCGUGAGAUCGAUAGUACAUUUUAGGUAUCAUUUUAUCUUGUUAACCUAUCUAAGUGCAAUUUCUGCAGACCACAACCUGUAAAAUUCGUUUAGAGAAGUUCAUUUCUCGGUUUAGUAUCUUGCCAUUAGUCUACCUUCAUGCCAGGUUAAAGCAAUUUAGUGGAAUUCUUGGAUAUUUCGUCUUUAAAUUUCAGCGUUGAUCCAAAAUGA